GACCUCGGGACCGCGCGACCCGCGUACGUCUGUAGCGGGCGCAGGGGCAGCUGGGAAGAUGGCGGCCUGGGUACCUUGUCGGAGGUGGGGCUGGGCGGCUGUAUCCUUCGGCCGUCACCGGGAUCUGAGCGUGUCACUAGCUCGGAAGCCCCCACGGGCAUGGUGGCUCUCAGCUUGCAGACAAAAGACAUCACUUUCUUUCCUUAACCGAGAAGAUCUUCCAAACCUGGCUUAUAAGAGGUUAAAAGGCAAAAACCCAGGAAUUAUCUUCAUCCCUGGCUAUCUUUCUAACAUGAAUGGUAAUAAGGCAGUAGCAGUUGAGGAGUUUUGCAAAUCUCUAGGUCACGCCUUUAUAAGGUUUGACUACUCAGGGGUUGGAAGUUCAGAUGGUAACUUAGCAGAAUCGACAGUGGGGAAAUGGAGAAAGGAUGUACUUUCCAUACUUGAUGACAUAGCUGAAGGACCACAGAUAUUGGUUGGAUCUAGCCUUGGUGGAUGGCUCAUGCUGCAUGCUGCAAUUGCACGGCCAGAAAAGGUCAUAGCUCUUAUUGGUAUAGCUACUGCUGCAGAUGGCGUGGUGACACAGUUUCAUGCACUUCCUGUUGAGGUGCAAAAGGAAAUAGAAAUGAAAGGUGAGUGGUCUUUGCCAUCUAAAUACAACAAAGAAGGCUAUUACAGGAUUCCAUACAGUUUCAUUAAAGAAGCGGCGCAUCACUGCUUGUUACACAGCCCUAUUCCUGUGACCUGCCCUGUACGGUUGCUCCAUGGCAUGAAGGACGAAAUAGUUCCUUGGCAUAGAUCCCUGGAGGUCGCAGACCGAUUAGUCAGCCCAGAUGUCGAUGUCAUCCUCCGGAAACACAGUGAUCACAGGAUGAAGGAAAAAGCAGAUAUUCAGCUGCUUAUUUGUACUAUUGAUGACUUGAUUGACAAGCUUUCAACUAUAGUUCCCUAGAAUCACAUUUGUGGUUGUUAUGCACUCUAAUGCGUCCAGAAGAUUGAAAGUAUGAUAGUAAAUCAAAGACCCAGAUACUUCAGGGUUUCCCUCUUCUAGUUUGUAAAUAUCAGAUACGUAUUUAUUUAAUGAUGUCUUUGCACAAAUACACAAAUUGUGACAAAAAUAUUAGCUGCUGUUUGGAAAUUUUUGUUGUCCUUUUGUUUCCCAUUAAAAUAGUACCUAUUUUUUUAUUACAGAGAUGUCUACAUUUCUUACAUACACUUUAGCUGUGCCAGCUCUUAAUUGUGUUCCUUUCUUUUACAAUAAAGCUUGGACAUUUUGGGUUUUGUCUGGUACCAUUAUAUAUGGAAAUUUGUAAAAUUCUGAUUUUAAAAUGUAGUUCACAAAAUUGCGGAAGAUAUGUAUUCAAGUGAAUAUGAAAUGAUUCUAAAAAUGUCUGAAGCAUAAUAAAUUUGGAAAAAAGAGGGUGCCAUGGUAUAUUUAAAACUAAAAUUACUGUUUGUUUUUUUUUUUAAGUUUAAGUUUUAUUGUGAUGUAAAUGAUACUUCUAAAUUUUGAAUUGUCAUUCUUAGGGAGUCUUCCAGAUUUUUAAUCAUUUAAAGUUUAUGUGUAUAAUAAUAGGUAAUAUAAUUUCCAACACUUCGUUCAUUUUAUCAUUGUACCUCACUUACAUAUACCCUGUUGCUCUGCUGUCUUUCAGUCUCUUUGCUUGCCUACACACCCUUUCUCCCCUCAGUCCUCUGCUGCUUCCACGUCAUGUCUGUAUGAGAGAAAACACAGAUGUUGUUCCCUCCCCCACCAUUACCCCUUCAUGCUCCCCCAACGUCGUUUAGAGCCUUCUCCGCACAGUCUACUUUCUCCAGCCAUGCUGUAUGUGUGUAUUUAAAUCUGUGCUCUACAUAUGAGAGAAAACACUUUCCAUAUCUAAUCUGUUUCUCUUUACACAAUCUCAGUUCCACUAUUUUCCUGCAGACAUGCCCUUAUAGUUAAAUGGUAUUCGUCUAAUAAUGUAGCAUUUUUAUAUAAUGAUUGGUUAGACUGAAGGAACGAUCUUUCUGUAUUAAUUCUGCUUUGGGGAAUACGAUUAGACUGGCUUAAGUGCAGAUAGUUGGAUGAUCACUACUUUUGUUGGAGUGGCAAAAGAGAGUCAAUAAGGAAACAUGAAAUAAUAGUAAAAAGCAUGGUUUUUAAUAACUACUGAGGUAUUAAUAUUUAUUAGCCUUUAUUGUGGUUUGGUUUUUGGUUACUAAUUUUGGCUAGACUUUAGCCUUCAUGGUUUAUAUCUGUCUAUGUUAAGGUGAUAACAUAACUCAUAAAAUGAGUAUUAUUGAAGAUUUAAUUUAUCUCAAAUGAGAGAGUCAGCAGACAAUAAACCUGGUUAAAAGGACAGUUUAAGAAACAUAGUAUUUAUAGCCAAUGAAGAAAAAGAUGAUAAAAUUUCUGUGCAGAAAAGUGUUGCAGCCGGUUGGCAGAUUAUCUUGAGAAACAUACCUUAUAAGUUGGCUUUUGUCUGUCUGGGAACUUGGAUUUUGGGGACUCUCACUAUGGCCAGAACUGAGCAUAAGUAGCUCACUGUGCUUACAUCAACUCUAUGCAAACACUAGUUUAUGCUGAAACCCCGAUUGCUUCCGGGUGCCCAGAAUGUUGAUAUGUGUGGAGCAGAGACUACGUCUCAGUAGUCCAGUAAAACCCCUUGGCAACAACUCUUAACAAGCUUCCUUGUGGGCGGCAUCAGUCACAUGAGCUGUUGGAUCUCUUUGCUGGAGACCCAGUUUUGCCCUGUGUGACUCCAAUGUGGAUUUUUGGAAGCUUACCCCCAGUUUCCCUGGGCCUUUUUCCUUGCUCACUCUGUUUUGGAUCCAUUCACUCUAAUAAAUCAGUAGUGAAAGAA